AUGGUGCUGCGAGGGGGCAGUGACAUAAAACUCAGGCAGCCUAGAAGUAAGAAGGAAAAGAUGUUUGACAAUAGUAAAUUGGGGCCAUGGUCGGAGCUCCACGAGGCUUUGCUUCGUCUGAUAACAAAGCAGCUAGGUGCUAUGGACUAUAUCAUGUUUGGUUGUGUCUGCAGGGGAUGGAGAUUACAUGUCACAACACACAGGCAAGAGUUUAUGGCAUCCCAACCUCCACUUCUUGUCUUCUUAUCAACGCAAGCUAAGAGAGCUUCUUAUUUCUAUAGCAUCUUUGAGCAAAGGUUGUACAAGGCAAAAUUGCCUAACCUUAAUGGCAAAUCAUGUUUUGGGAUAACUCGUGGGUACUUGGUCAUGGAAGACAAUAAAAAAAGGGCAGAUUCUCAAAUUUGGCUUCUGAAUCCUUUUACAAGACAUGAACUCCAUUUCCCUAGCCCUCCCAAUCCUUAUUCUCGUGUGAUCCUUGCUUCUUUGGCUACGCCUUUGCAGGAUUUUGUAAUCAUAGCUUUCUGCAUAUGGUACCCAUCUCUACAGUUUUUUAGACUCAAAGAUCUCAGCUGGACUGUACAUGAUUAUAGUGAAAAAUUUAAUGGCUGUCGUGGACCCUCUCUGUGGGCGAUUGUUGAUGGAGCUGUCUUAAUGGGUAAGUUAUACGUUUUAACUAGUUAUGCUGAAAUUGGGGUGCUAAAUCUGAAUUCUACGCCUUAUGUAACACUGCUGGAAGUUAAAAACACUGGAUAUUUGCACCGUGGGCUACAGUUACUGGCUUAUGAUGAGUAG